UUUCUUCCCCGUCUUCCACGCUCCUUCUCCCCCCUCGUGGAAGAUCACUGCAAUUCAAUUCUUUGCAGGCGGGUCCUAUUUUUCUCAAUUCCCCUUUUUUAUUCUUCCGUGGCGCCAACUCAGCUGGCAAAAUGGGGACAGGAAAAAAGGAGAAGUCCCGCCUCCAGCGGGAGGGCAAGGUCACCGGCGACCCAAAGGUCAAGGGCGAGAACUUCUACCGGUCGGCCAAGAAGAUCAAGACCCUCAACAUGUACAAGGAGGGCAAGGCUAUCCGGAACAAAGAGGGCAAGAUCGUCAAGGCGGCGUCCUACCAGAGCAGGGACGUCCCCAAAGCCGUCAUUGAACCGAACCGGAGGUGGUUCACAAACACCCGAGUCAUCUCCCAGGACACCCUCAAAUCGUUUAGGGAGGCGAUCGCUGAGAAGGAGAAGGACCCAUAUUCAGUUCUGCUGAAAAGCAACAAACUGCCUAUGAGUCUUAUCCGCGAUACCCCCAACCUCCAAGACGGCCUCAAGAAGCAUCAGGCAAAAAUGACGAUUGAGAGCGAGCCCUUUUCCGAGACCUUUGGGCCCAAGGCACAAAGGAAACGGCCGAAGCUUAGUUUCAAUACCGUUGACGAGCUAGCGGGUCACACCGAAGAGAGUCUUAACUCAUAUCAGUCUCGCCUGGAGGAAAUUCGGCUGUUGAACGGCACCGCAGGGGCCGCCGCUGUUGAUGGUGAUGCGCCGGUAGAGGAGGAAGACUUCAGCGUCGCGACAGCCAAGGAGGCAAUCUUCUCCAAGGGCCAAUCCAAACGGAUUUGGAACGAGCUUUACAAGGUGAUAGAUUCAUCAGAUGUCAUUCUCCAUGUCCUCGAUGCUCGAGAUCCCCUUGGGACAAGAUGCCGUCACGUCGAAAAGUAUCUCGCGGCCGAGGCGCCGCAUAAACACCUUGUUUUUGUUUUGAACAAGAUUGACCUGGUACCAUCAAGCACAGCAGCCGCAUGGAUUCGCGUGCUUCAGAAGGACCACCCUACUUGUGCAAUGAGGUCAAGCAUCAAGAACCCCUUCGGGCGUGGAUCUCUGAUUGAUCUUUUGCGGCAAUUUAGCAUCCUUCACAAGGAUCGGAAACAGAUCAGUGUGGGCCUGAUUGGUUAUCCGAACGUUGGGAAGUCGAGCAUCAUCAACGCGCUGCGCGGCAAAGCGGUAGCCAAGGUGGCACCUAUUCCCGGUGAGACCAAGGUUUGGCAGUACGUCACUUUGAUGAAGCGGAUAUACCUAAUCGACUGCCCGGGUAUUGUGCCGCCCAACCACCAUGAUACUCCCCAGGAUCUCCUCCUUCGCGGCGUCGUCCGUGUGGAGAAUGUUGAGAAUCCGGAGCAAUACAUACCCGCUGUCCUGGCUAAAGUCAAAACGCAUCAUAUGGAGAGGACGUAUGAGCUGAAGGGGUGGAAAGAUCACAUGGAGUUCCUCGAGCUUCUGGCUAGGAAAGCGGGCAGACUGCUCAAAGGCGGCGAACCGGAUGUUGAUGGUGUUGCAAAGAUGGUCCUCAACGACUUUAUGCGGGGAAAGAUUCCCUGGUUCACACCCGCGCCUGCUAUGGAAGGGGGCGACGAGGCCGUCAUUGAAGGCCGAGAAGGCCGUUUCGGAGAGAUGCCGAAGAAGAGGAAACGCGAUGAGACUGCGAGUGUCGCCGAUACCUCAUUAGCAGGCUCUACGGUAGCGGUCAAUGAUGAAGAGGAAGAGGAGGAAGAAGACGAACACUUCUCGGGCUUCUCGAGCGACAGCGAAUCCGAGCGGGAAGAUGGAGCUGAGAAGGCAGUUCAGGACGGCGGCGCAGAAGACAUGAUACCCCUAGGCGAUACAAGUGAUGAGGAGGAUGAGGAGGAAGAAUCUGAAGACGAGAAUAGCUCCGAGGAAACCAGCGAGGAUGAAGACAUGGAAGACGAGUCUGAUGUUGACAUUGAAGGGGCCAGCGACAUCCUGGAUUCGGAAGAGGAAUCAAAACCCCCCUCGCUAAACAAGCGAAAGAAGGCUAGGUAGUCUGCCGCUAUGUUUAGCACCGACAGCUUGGUGCCUAGGGAUAGCUGGAAUCGAAAUUCGCAAGGGCUGAGAAUGCAGCCCAGAGAUCACAAGAGUUAUCCGUGACGUACUGGCACACCCGC